GACCGCGGAGGCGGCUGCGAAGAGGGGUGCGGACGAGGAAGUGGCGUGAACUUGGAGCGGGACGUACCCAGCCGGCCGCGGCCGCGGUCCUGCUGCAGUCGGGGCGAUCAGUGAGCCGACCCGACCCGACCCGACCCGCUGCUAAGGAAGCGCUGCAAGUGCCGCCCUGCGUGUCCCAGUGCUUCAGCUUCCCAGCAGAGGCUUCCUCAAAGCCGUCUGAAAAUAACUUGACACCACAGUUCUUCUCAGAAUGUAGGCCCUGGAGACACUCUCAGGGGUCUGCAGGGUGCUUUUGAGCUGACAGAUGUUUGUUCCAAGAAGAGGAAAGCAGGUGCUUUACGGCUGGUGCUGUUAACUCGAGCACGCACUUUUCUGACAGAGAUUCUAUGGAGAAAAUAAUGUAGAUGGAGUUUUAACAUUGAAUGCGGAGAACACUAAUUAUGCCUAUCAAGUUCCAAACUUCCAUAAGUGUGAAAUCUGUCUGCUAUCUUUUCCAAAAGAGUCCCAGUUUCAACGCCACAUGAGGGAUCACGAGCGAAAUGACAAGCCACAUCGAUGUGACCAGUGCCCCCAAACAUUUAAUGUUGAAUUCAACCUGACACUUCAUAAAUGCACCCACAAUGGGGAAGAUCCUACCUGUCCUGUGUGUAACAAGAAAUUCUCCAGAGUGGCUAGUCUCAAAGCGCAUAUUAUGCUACAUGAAAAGGAAGAGAAUCUCAUCUGCUCUGAGUGUGGGGAUGAGUUCACUCUGCAGAGCCAGUUGGCCAUACACAUGGAAGAGCACCGCCAGGAGCUGGCCGGGAACCGGGUUCACACCUGCAAGGCCUGUAGGAAGGAGUUUGAGACAUCCUCACAGCUGAAGGAGCACAUGAAGACUCAUUACAAAAUUAGGGUAUCAAGUACAAGGUCUUAUAAUCGGAACAUCGACAGGAGUGGAUUCACAUAUUCAUGCCCACACUGUGGAAAGACAUUUCAGAAGCCAAGUCAGCUAACUCGGCACAUUAGGAUACACACAGGUGAAAGGCCGUUUAAAUGUACUGAAUGUGGGAAAGCUUUUAACCAGAAGGGGGCACUGCAAACUCACAUGAUUAAACAUACAGGUGAAAAACCCCACGCCUGUGCCUUUUGUCCUGCUGCCUUUUCACAAAAAGGGAACCUGCAGUCACAUGUGCAGAGAGUUCACUCAGAGGUCAAGAAUGGCCCUACGUAUAAUUGUACAGAAUGCAGUUGUGUAUUUAAAAGUCUAGGUAGCCUGAACACUCACAUCAGCAAGAUGCACAUGGGCGGACCACAGAAUCCAGCAAGCUCUACAGAGACUGCUCACGUGUUAACGGCCACACUGUUCCAGACGUUACCUCUCCAGCAGACGGAAGUCCACGUCACGUCCGCAUCAAGCCAGCAGAAUUCACAGGCCGUGACCGACGUCAUCCAGCAGCUCCUGGAGCUCUCGGAGCCGGGGCCGGCAGAGUCCAGCCAGCCCCCGCAGCCCGGCCAGCAGCUCAGCAUCACGGUGGGCAUCAACCAGGACAUUUUGCAGCAAGCCUUAGAAAACAGUGGGCUGUCUUCAAUUCCAGCUGCAGCACACGCUCACGACACCAGCCACGCCAGGACGUCCUCUGCGCAGAGCCAAAAUCCAGAUGCUCCUCACACUGCGAGUGAACAGACCCACCCCACAGAUGCAGAGCAGGAAAAAGAACAAGAAAGCCCAGAGAAGUUGGAUAAAAAAGAAAAAAAAAUUAUAAAGAAGAAGUCACCAUUUCUGCCUGGUUCAAUCCGUGAGGAGAACGGUGUUCGAUGGCAUGUAUGUCCUUACUGCACCAAGGAGUUCCGGAAGCCGAGUGACCUGGUGCGCCACAUCCGCAUUCAUACCCAUGAGAAGCCCUUCAAGUGUCCACAGUGUUUCCGGGCCUUUGCUGUGAAGAGCACCCUGACCGCUCACAUCAAAACGCACACGGGCAUCAAAGCGUUCAAGUGCCAGUACUGCCUGAAGAGCUUUUCCACCUCGGGGAGCCUCAAAGUGCACAUCCGCCUGCACACAGGGGUCAGACCUUUUGCUUGUCCUCACUGUGACAAAAGGUUUCGAACCUCAGGCCAUAGGAAGACUCACAUUGCUUCUCACUUUAAACACACGGAGUUAAGAAAGAUGAGGCACCAGCGUAAACCUGCAAAGGUUCGAGUCGGCAAGGCCAGCGUUCCAGUCCCUGAUAUUCCUUUGCAAGAGCCGAUUCUCAUAACUGACGUAGGUCUUAUCCAGCCCAUUCCAAGAAACCAGUUUUUUCAAAGUUAUUUUAAUAAUAAUUUUGUAAAUGAAGCAGAUAGACCGUACAAGUGUUUUUACUGUCAUCGUGCAUAUAAAAAAUCUUGCCACCUUAAACAACACAUCAGAUCACAUACAGGUGAAAAGCCUUUUAAAUGUUCUCAGUGUGGAAGAGGCUUUGUUUCUGCAGGAGUGCUCAAAGCACACGUCCGAACGCACACGGGACUAAAAUCUUUCAAGUGUCUGAUAUGUAAUGGAGCUUUCACUACUGGUGGUAGCUUACGGCGACAUAUGGGUAUCCAUAAUGACCUUCGUCCCUAUAUGUGUCCCUAUUGCCAGAAAACAUUUAAGACCUCACUAAAUUGCAAAAAGCACAUGAAAACCCAUAGAUACGAGCUUGCCCAGCAGCUCCAGCAGCAUCAGCAAGCCUCCUCGAUAGAUGACAGUGCUGUGGACCAGCAGAGCAUGCACGUCUCGACACACAUGCAGGUGGAGGUUGAGAGCGAAGAGCUGCAGCAAGCGGCGGCGGCAGGCACCACAGACCCCGAGGCCAUGCUAGAACUGGAGCCCCAGCAGGUCGUGCGCACGGAAGAUGCGGGACUUGGUCAGCAGUUGACACAUCAACCUCUGGAAGCAGAUGAAGACAGGUUCGUGGCCCCGCCCGCUCUGCAAGGGCACAUGGACCAGUUUGAGGAGCAGGCGCCAGCACAGCAGUCCUUCGAACAGGCUGGCUUGUCGCAGGGCUUUACCGUGACUGAUACGUAUAGUCAGCCAACCCCGUUUGCACCCGUCCAGCAGCUACAGGACUCCAGCACACUGGAAUCUCAAGCCCUAUCCACCAGCUUCCAUCAGCAGAACCUACUGCAGGUCCCUAGCUCUGACGCUAUGAACGUAACCACUCGUCUGAUCCAGGAGUCAUCCCAGGAGGAACUGGAGCUGCAGAGUCAACGUCCACAAUUCCUGGAGGACAGGGAGGAUCAGAGCCGGCGCUCCUACAGGUGUGAGUACUGCAACAAAGGCUUUAAGAAGUCUAGCCACCUGAAGCAGCAUGUGCGGUCCCACACUGGUGAGAAGCCCUACAAGUGCAAGCUCUGUGGACGCGGCUUUGUUUCCUCCGGGGUCCUCAAGUCUCACGAGAAGACACACACAGGAGUAAAGGCAUUCAGCUGCAGUGUUUGCAACGCCUCAUUCACGACCAAUGGCAGCCUCACCAGGCACAUGGCCACGCACAUGAGCAUGAAGCCUUACAAGUGUCCGUUUUGUGAGCAGGGCUUCCGGACCACAGUGCACUGUAAGAAGCACAUGAAGAGGCACCAGGCCGUCCCCUCUGCUGUGUCAGCAACAGGAGAGGCCGAAGGAGGAGAUGUGUGUAUGGAGGAAGAGGAGGAGAAUUCUGAAAGGAGCGCCUCCCGAAAAGCUCGUCCUGAGGUCAUCACUUUUACCGAGGAGGAGACAGCACAGUUGGCCAAGAUUCGGCCGCAGGAGAGCGCCACCGUGUCCGAGCAGGUCCUAGUGCAGUCGGCAGCGGAGAAGGACCGCAUCAGUGAGAUGAAGGACAGGCAGGCAGAGCUGGAGGCCGAGCCCAAGUAUGCCAACUGCUGCUCCUACUGCCCCAAGAGCUUCAAGAAGCCCAGUGAUCUGGUGAGGCAUGUUCGGAUCCACACUGGAGAAAAGCCAUACAAAUGUGAUGAAUGCGGGAAGAGCUUUACUGUUAAGUCCACCCUAGACUGCCAUGUGAAGACGCACACAGGUCAGAAGCUCUUCAGCUGUCACGUGUGCAGCAACGCCUUCUCGACGAAGGGCAGCCUGAAAGUACACAUGCGUCUGCACACAGGAGCAAAGCCUUUCAAGUGUCCCCACUGUGAGCUACGUUUCCGUACGUCAGGGCGGAGGAAGACCCACAUGCAGUUCCAUUACAAGCCCGACCCCAAGAAAGCCCGGAAGCCAGUGACGCGAAGCUCAUCGGAAGGCCUGCAGCCCGUGAACCUGCUCAGCCCUGCCUCCACCGACCCGAACGUGUUCAUCAUGAACAACUCUGUCCUAACAGGACAGUUCGAUCAGAACGUGCUUCCCCAGGGGCUGGUGGGCCAGGCGCUUCUUCCUGCCUCUGUGUCAGCUGGUGGUGACUGGACGGUGUCUCUGACGGACGGGAGCCUGACCACACUGGAGGGCAUACAAUUACAGCUGGCCGCUAACUUAGUUGGCCCAAAUGUUCAGAUCUCUGGAAUCGAUGCCUCCAGCAUUAAUAACAUCACGUUACAGAUUGAUCCAAGUAUUUUGCAGCAGACAUUACAACAGGGCAACUUGCUUACGCAGCCACUGCCAGGGGAGCCCGGCUUGGCCUCACAGAACAGCUCUCUCCAGACACAGGACAGCACGGUCCCAGCCAGUGUUGUCAUUCAGCCCAUCCCCGGCCUGUCCUUACAGCCCACAGUGACCUCUGCCAGUCUGACCAUUGGCCCGCUGUCCGAGCAGGACCCAGUGAUGACCACCAGCAGCAGUGGAACACAAGACCUCUCUCAGGUGAUGACAUCGCAAGGCCUGGUGUCCACCUCCAGUGGCCCCCACGAGAUCACCCUGACCAUUAACAACUCGAGCCUGAGCCAGGUGUUGGCUCAGGCUGCUGGACCCACGGCUGCGUCGUCCUCGGGCUCUCCCCAGGAAAUUACCUUGACCAUUUCAGGUCAAGAUCUUAUUCAGCACAAUGCUCAUGGAAGUAGUGAAGUGAAUGGGAGUAUACGCUUGUCAGCCCCCGCUGCCACUCAGUCUGCAGGUGCCACCCUGACCAUCAGCAGCGACCAGCUGCUCUCACAGGGUGCAACGCUAAACUCCUCAGAACUUAAUGCUACCACUGGCAGCCUUCCUUCGACCACACCAAUGUCUCCAUCUGCCAUAUCUGCUCAGAACCUGGUCAUGUCUUCAUCAGGAGUGGGAGGAGAUGCCAGUGUCACGCUGACUCUGGCCGAUACUCAGGGCUUGCUCUCUGGAGGACUGGACACGGUCACGCUCAACAUUGCUUCUCAGGGCCAGCAGUUCCCAGCCUUACUCACCGACCCCUCGCUCUCAGGCCAGGGGGGAGCAGGUUCGCCGCAGGUCAUCUUGGUGAGCCACACUCCACAGCCCUCCGCUGCUGCGUGUGAGGAAAUCGCCUACCAGGUAACUGAUGUAUCGGCCAGCCUGGCACCAGGAGGGCCACCUGAGAAGGAGGGCCGGCUGCACCAGUGCUUGGAGUGCGGCCGCACAUUUGCAUCGGCAGCCCUGCUGCUGCACCACAGCAAGGAGGUGCAUGGCCGCGAGCGCAUCCAUGUGUGUCCUGUGUGCAGGAAGGCCUUCAAGCGUGCCACGCACCUCAAGGAGCAUAUGCAGACACAUCAAGCUGGCCCCUCAUUGAGCUCCCAGAAGCCAAGAGUGUUUAAAUGUGACACCUGCGAAAAGGCGUUCGCCAAGCCAAGCCAGCUGGAGCGGCACAGCCGCAUCCACACAGGAGAGCGGCCAUUCCACUGCACGCUCUGUGAGAAAGCCUUCAACCAGAAGAGUGCCCUGCAGGUGCACAUGAAGAAGCACACAGGGGAGCGGCCCUACAAGUGUGACUACUGCAUCAUGGGCUUCACCCAGAAGAGCAACAUGAAGCUCCACAUGAAGCGGGCACACAGCUACACCGGAAAUCUGCAGGAGCCCGUGGUGCAGCAGGAGCACGGAGCUGAGGAGCUGAGCCGGACCCUCCAUCUGGAGGAGGUGGUGCAGGAGUCCGCUAGCGAGUGGCAAGCGCUGGCCAAUGUGUUCUGACGCGGCCCAUCCUGCCCUCAAGGCUGUUUCUGAAAUUAGAUGUUGCGAAGAAUGGAGCGCUCGGAAUUUCUGUCUUGAAGCUUCAAGUGUUAAAAUGUUAACCACACUAGUUUUUUAGCUAUAAAAGUAUCUAAAGAAUCAUUGUCUUUCAGAGACUGAUAGGAAAGAACUGGGAGCAGUGUGAACACGUGUUGUCACUUGUCUACAAAUCAUUGAACUCAGGUACUACAGCAGUCCUACCGUCUCGUUGGUGGCCAGUACAUCUAGUUACAAAAGAAAUAACUGGAUCUUACUAUCACUAUAGUGUGACCUCUUUGUAUUAGCAAAGACCAACAUUAACAUGGAAAAAGUAAGGUAGGUUCUCCUUCAUGCUUUCUGUUCUAAGAAGCAUAGCUUAUAAAACAAACAUAAAAUAGGUGCAUGAAGUUCAGAAAAACGUUAAAACACACAGGGAAGUGUUUUCCAUGUCUUUUCUCUGUGCAUUUUGAAAUUAGAAAUUGACUCUUUCUAGUCUACCAUAAGUUAAUAUAAUACCUGGAGAGAUGGCUGGACCAGUUCUCUCUGCAUUACGAUUCUUGAACCAUUAGCUACAAGAAUGCAGCAUCGGGGCAUAAUGGGGGGGCUGUAAACCAGACACACAUGAGGAUGAAACGGUCCCCAUGGAAUGGGGGUGGAGGGCCGCACUUGCUUCGUAAAUCCAGAUGCAGGUCCACGGGUGAGAUGGUUGCAGAAAGCACAAGCCAUACAUCGUGAGCAGGAAAGAGCAGAACUGUGUCCUAGCGCUGAGGACACAGUGGGGACCCGUGGCCCCGUCCACCCGGUAAGCAAGCAGUGUUUCCGUCCGAGCCCCACGAUUCUCUCUUCAUGCAGAGGCAGGUGUGUGGUUGAUUUCAGGGAACUCUUUACUGUCAUCAAUGGUGCCACAUGGAACACGUCCCAAACCAAAUCCCAGCCCGGGCCGGGCAGAGUGUGCGUUGCUCCUACAGCAUUCCAAAGACAGAAGGUUCUUUACUUCAUGUGAAUUUCUCCUUCACAAUUAUUUAUAUGUUCUAUAUAUAAAUACAUAUGUACAUAUACAGAUAUAUGGGCCUCUGUGUGGCUGAACAGUAUAUUUUGUAAAUAGAAGCACUAGUCCCGAUUACAGAGUGAGCAUCAGAGUUUUUACCUCCCCGCGAGCACUUCAGAUCAGUAUUGUAUUCAUUAUAUUAAUAAAUGGGUAUCUUUUUCAUUGUAACAUAAAGGUGGGGUUGUUUUGCUUUUUUUUUUUUUUCCUGAAAAAUAAUUGCCUUUAUUUUGUCUCAUGGCCUCCCUGGUUUCAGAAGAGAGCAGUUUUAUUAUAAAUAUUGUAUGGACUUUGUAUAUUAAGAGAGGAGCUCAUUUCAGAUUCCUGAAGAAAGACAUUUUCACUGUUAUUUUUUCAAAGGGCAUCUUUUGAUUUUUUUGUUGUUCACUUUUGGCAUCUGUACAUAAGUAAUAUUGAUGGUGAUAUAAAAACUUUUGUUAUGUGAAAAUAUUUAAGUCAGAAAACUGUUAAAUAAUAUUACUUUUUUUUUCCAAACUGCUUUGUGUAUUGUAUAUUUUUUUAAGGAAAAAAAAGCCUUAUUUCACUUAUUCUUGUGAUACUGGACUUAUUAUAUAUCUUGAGGUUUUCCUGGAAUGUCAGUGUGUACCUACCUGGCUAUAGUCCAUAUAUUCCGAAUAAUUGUAAUUGUGCCAGAGUUUUAAAGAUUCUGCUUUUAAUGCACUUUUCUUUUAUAAUUUUGUAUUAAAAUAUUUUAGAAAUGUUGAUUAAUUUUGGUGAACAGAUAUCUCCAAAGUUGAAAUUAUUGGAAUUUAAAAAAUUUUGUUUUUGCUAGGUUAUUUAUUUUGGUUGUAGCAUUAAAUGUCAUCUCUCAGGACAGUCUCUAAAAGGGGUUUAUUUAAUUACUAAUUGUACAGAAAGCAUAGUUCAGUGAACUGUAUUGGUGAACUGCCUGCUUAAGGCCUUACCAGGUGAAUCUAAAGCCUACCUUUAUUUUCGUCAAAGAAAAAGAAAAAAGAUCAAUGAUUCAUUUUAUGAGUUUUCUCAAUUUAUUAACUAUUAGUAGGCAAACGCAAGACAUUAAUAUAUUAUUUUUAUUUACUUCCUAAUUAUAAAAAGCUGCUUCUUUGCAAAACAUUCCUUGAAAAUAUGAGGUUUUGUAAAGACAUAAUUUCACUUGAACCUUUGGUGGCAUACAGGUUGAUCUUUAUAUUUUAAUGGUUGAUAAAUGUCUUCUGACGAGAUUUCUAGCCUCCUGCAUAACCAGGGUUUUGAGAAUAGAUAACUGUAUUUUUAGAACUAUCUCAUCCUAGCAUAUCUGCUUUGGAAUAAUAAUAAAUAAAAAAUGAAGUUAGGAAGUGUGA